UUUUCAAUCCAGCGUGUGGAUGGGUCUCUUGACACAAAACGGAGCGUGUGUUUUGCCUGCUCCUUCUCGUCUCCUUGAGUUUGAAGCCUUAUGUAGGUCAGGCUUGGCUUAAGCAGAUUUCCUGAACCUGCGUCAGCUUAAGCUGAAGGAAUUUUAAUAAACCCUCCCUUGUAGGCGUGGGCCUAAAUGAGACAAGCCUAGUUAAGCCUGAUCUUUUUUUCCCCCUGUUUGUGAAAAAGAGCUGAGCAGAGCUGGGAUCUGCCUGGUGCUUUCCGGCACUGCUUCUUCAGGCUGGAGGGAAGGAUGGUGGGGAAGGCCAGAUCCUCGAAUUUCACCUUGUCGGAAAAGCUUGAUUUGCUGAAACUUGUCAAGCCGUAUGUAAAAAUUCUCGAACAGCACACCAACAAGCACUCAGUCAUAGUGGAGAAAAACAAGUGCUGGGACAUCAUUGCUGAUAGCUACAAUGCCAUCGGAGUAGACCGCCCUCCGCGCACGGCGCAGGGCCUGCGCACGCUGUACAAGAGGCUCAAGGAAUACGCCAAGCAGGAGCUCCUGCAGCAGAAGGAGACCCACUCCGACUACAAGAGCUACAUCUCUGAGCCGACUAAGAAAGUUGUGGAGAUGAUCCCCCAGAUCUCCAGCGUGUGCUUGAGGGAGAGAAACAGCCUGCCAUGUGCUGCCUUGGAUAAAGAAACCCUUGCAACUACCAGUUCACCACAGUCCAUGUUAGAGCACCAUGCUGCAGCCAUCACUCUGGAGCUGGAUCAAGAGGAGGAGGAUGUCAAGCCGCCUCCCUCGUUGAUUGUGGAGCUGCAGCCACAGGAGGCCUUGGAGCAAAGAGACCAAGAGCACCUGGUCCACGUCAUGGAGAGGUCUCCCUCCACCUCCCUGUCUUCGGUUGAUAUAAGGAUGCUAUCUCCGUCCCCUAUCCCCAGAAGAGAUGAAUUUUUCAGGCUGGAAAGUGGGGAUCGAUUUCGGUCCACGUGUGGGGCCUACGGUCCACAGAUGUUGCAAAUGCUAAAAGAAGAGCAUCACAUAAUUUUGGAAAAUCAGAGGAAAAUUGGGCUGUAUAUUCAAGAAAAGAGGGAUGGCUUGAAAAGAAGGCAGGAGCUGGAAGAAGAGCUGUUGAGAGCAAAAAUUAAAGUAGAAAAGUUAAAGGCGAUACGACUACGACGUGAUCUUCCUGAAUUCAACAGUUUCUGAAUAUUUAGCAGUUUGGUUGCACAAAACCAGGGUUACUUUGUAACUCCUUUUGACCUAGAAACGGUUAUUUGCCAUGUUAAUUUGGACGGAUCAAAAGCCAGUCUUGAAUGAAAUGAGUGCAUGGUUUCCAUUUUGUGUUUCAUGCAAAUUUGCAAAAGCAAUUCAAAGCCAUCUUUCCACUGGUCUUUCCAGCUUUUCAGAUCUGAAGUAGAACCAGAUCUGAGACUCUUUAAAAAGAGUCCUUUGAAAUCUUGUGCAUAUUACUGUUAGCGAAAACAAAUGAUAAUUUAUGCAGCUGUUAAAAAAACAUGCUAACUUUUUUUCUGGAGCGACUCUUA